CCAAAAGUAGCGAAACGUUACCGCCGUAUCUACUACAUCCUCUUCAGUAAAGGCGUAUCAAACGCUUACUUGUGCUUACUAAAAACAUUACCCGUAGUUCGGCAUGUCUUUCUAGGAAGAAUUGACGCUAUGUUACUGUUGUUAGUUACCUUUACAUAAGGAGAUGCUUGCAUUUUAGCAUGGGUGGCGCAGCGAGCAAAGACUUCAUAGCGAAUGCGCCGAGAACAGCUGUCGCAAAGGAGCUUGAUGAACUUGGAGGUUAUGAUCGGCCAGCCCUUGCACGAAACCAGAGUUUCGCGGCUCGACUUGACUGGCUUGGGACUCAAGUCGGCAAAGCCAGUGAGCAAAUUGAGGCUGCCCUAUCGAAAGAUGAGCAGGCGGGGCGGCGGGAGCUGGAAAAGGAGGCCAAGCGGAGGCAGCUAAUGGCGUUGCGACGGGGACAGGGAGACAUUCAGUUGAACUCGCAAUAUGCAGACUUCUACCUGAAGCAAAAGCAGUUUGAGCGGCCGCCGCUAGGCGCAGCUCCCAUCCUGCGCAAUGCUGCGGCUGUUGCGGCGGACGCAGCGGCUGCCGUGGCCCUGGCUGAGCAGACGAGCCCACAGGGGGAGGCGGCUCGCCGGAGCUUGGAAAAGGUCGCAACGCUGCAGCGGCUGUACAGCAAGCAUGCGGCGACAUCCUUUAAAGCGCCAGGUCCCAAGCCGCCGCAUGAAAGUGGUGCCGCGGUGGAGCCCAGUGGCGCAGCAGCAGUGGUUGGUGGUGGCGGCAACACAAACAGCCGCUGGAGGCAGACGGUGCAGCACGCCAAGAAGACGGCGUUCCUUGCCGUGGGGUCGUAUGUGGCCAUGAAUGGAAAGAAGCGCAAUGGGCCGGCGCGCAUCGACAAUUUUGGGCUGUAUGCCGAGCAGCAGCUGGGCGACGGCAUGCACAAGUUUGUAGAGGAGGGAGAGCGGCUGGCGGCAGCUCGGGACAAGCUGCCAGCUAUGAAGGCAGAACUGGAGAAGCUGCGGGGCGACAUGCGAGAGCUAGCGGUGGAGCAGGAGGCCGUGCUGGCAGUGGAUGGCGUAGAGGACAGCAGCAGCGACGAGGGGCCGGAUGCGGAGGGCGCAUGCGACGAUGACGCGCUAGAAGCGGACGAG